AAUUCUCGCACUUGCGCAGCACGAGCAAAUGAAUCAACACCAUAAGCAAUAAAAACACGCACAUUAUGGCCUCUGUAGGCAAUGUUGAACAGGUUACAGAUAAAAAAACUCACACUAUAUCUAGGUCCCUGAGUUUAAGAAAUAGAUAUAAAAUGUCUUCCUCAGAUGAAGAAGAUGGACCUGUAGUCAAAAAACAGAGACUUUUUUAUGGUAGUCUUGAAGAUCAGGAGCGAGAACGGCUUGCGCGUGAAGAAAAGGAACGUCUUGCUGCAGAAGAACUACUGCGUGCACAAGGAAGUGAAACAAGCGAAAGUGAUAGUGAUGUGGAUGAAGACGGGAAUAAGAAAAAGAAGAAAAAAAAGAAGAAAAAGGAACAAGCUGAAGAUGAUGAAUCUGAUGAAGACUCUGCAAUUAACAAGGCAAUCAAAGCUGGAAACAUUAAUAUCUCUCAAGGUGAUACACUGGAAAUGAAUACAGAUGCAACGGCAGAACGACAGCAAGAACUUAUGGCAGAGUUUGAAAAGAGAAAAGCUAAGCGUUCAAUAAAUGUGUCCACUGAUGAUGGGAUGGUUAAAGCUCGCUUAAGAGAAUUAGGACAUCCAAUCUGUCUGUUUGGUGAAGGACCCGCUCAAAGAAGAGACCGUUUAAGAGAUUUACUUUCAGUCUUUGAACAGUUUUUACCUGGCUUCUCAUCUCAGAUUGAUGAAGACGUUAAAGAGGAGGAAGAAGAUAAAGAAUCUAGUGAAGUAUGGUACCAUGAAGGCCCCGCCUCCCUUAAAGUAGCUCGUUUAUUUAUUGCAGAAUAUUCGCUACCUAAAGCCAGAGAUAGAUUAGUUUGCAUCAAAGCCAAUGCUAAAAAUGCAGAAGCUGAAUUAGCUGUGAAGACACAAGAAAUUCAUCGCAAAGCUCGCUCGUUAGUCAAUUUUUGCAGUCAGAUUGGCGAUAGCCGACCAUUGUCCUAUUGUCAAUUUUCACCUGAUGGAAAGCUUUUAGCUACAGCUUCGUGGAGUGGACUCUGUAAAUUAUGGUCUGUACCUGAUGGAAACGAAGUUCGGAUUUUAAAAGGUCACAAUAGCAGAGUGGGAGGAGUAAUUUUCCAUCCAAGAUCCACCAUAGAUUUAGAAACUUCUGUUACAAAUUUAGUUUCGUGCUCAGCGGAUGGAGUCAUACAGCUAUGGAACCUGGAGGAUGAUGUACCCCUGGGUAAUAUUGAGGGACACGAUGAAAGAGUAACUAGUAUUGCAUACCAUCCUUCCGGUAGGUUUCUUGGUACCACUUGUUUUGAUAAAUCAUGGAGGUUGUGGGAUUUGGAAGUGCAGACAGAAGUUCUACACCAAGAAGGUCAUGCAGGAGAAGUUUACAAAAUUUGUUUUCAAAAUGAUGGAGCCUUAGCUGCAACAGCAGGAUUUGAUGCCAGGGGGUUGGUAUGGGAUUUACGGACUGGUCGAAAUAUUAUGGCAUUAGAAGGACAUUUAAAAAAAGUGCUAGCUAUUGAUUUUCAUCAGAACGGUUAUCAGAUUGUCACUGGUAGCGAAGACCAAAAAUGCAUGGUUUGGGAUCUGCGGAAACAAAAAUGCGUAUAUACAAUUCCAGCUCAUAAUAACCUCAUCUCCCACGUUAAGUACUGCGAGAACUCCAUAGUUACGGCGUCAUUUGAUGGCUUGGCUAAAGUAUGGUCAAGUCCAUCAUGGGCACCGUUGAAGACUUUGUCAGGACACGAACAGAAGGUUACUUGUGUUGAUGUAUCUAAUGACGGAAAUUACAUUGUUACUGCAUCUUUUGAUAGAACAUUUAAAUUAUGGGGACCAGAGUUUUUAAUAUAAAUGCAAAUUGUGUU